CUUCCCAUCUAACCAUCCACAGAUGCUACCCGUCCAGCUGUUUCGUGUCAUAUCCGCGCAUUACACUGAGUGGCGCCAGCGCUAUACCGUAAAGCAGGCGGUGACUGCCACUAUAAAGCGCGCAACUUGGAACGCGCUUGUUCUCGCAACUUUCCCUUCGCCCUCGUACUUUCCCCACUCUCACAUCUUUCCUUCACAUCGUAUCUUUCUCCGCAUUCGCAUCUAUUCCCCUCUCCGCACUUCCACCACAUACCGCCCAUGUCUCUCACCCGCCGAAUCGCUGUCGUCACCGGCGCCGCCCGCGGCAUCGGACGGGCCAUUGCACUGCGUCUCGCCGACGAUGGACAUGACGUCGCGGUGAACGACCUGCCGUCUGCUCACGCGCGCCUUGAGGGUGUGAAAAGCGAAGUGGAAGACAGGGGUCGUCGUGCUCUCAUGGUCCCCGCCGACGUGACCUCUGCGCCCGACGUUGAGCGCAUGGUUGACCAGACUGCAGCCCAUUUCGGAAGGCUGGAUGUCAUGGUCGCCAAUGCCGGGGUCGCCGUCUAUAAGAACCUUGUGGACACCACCGUCGAGGACUGGCACAAGGCGCAUGGCGUGAACGGUCUCGGGAUCUUCCUGUGCUACAAGUACGCCGCGCUGAAGAUGCAAGAGCUCGGCAACAAUAGCGGUUGCAUCAUCGGCGCGUCGUCGGCACUAGGACGCACAGGGACCCCGAAAGCCGGCGUGUACUGCCAGACGAAGUUUGGAGUGCGCGGACUGACUCAGGCGCUUGCGCAAGAGCUGGCCACGACUGGAAUUACAGUGAAUUCCUAUUGCCCAGGCUGGACGGAUACAGAGAUGAUACGAGACGUCGCUGAGGGCAGCGGGGACGUAAAUGCAUUCUACGCUGCUAUUACGGCGCAGACGCCGACGGGACAUUUGGGUCAACCAGACGACACCGCAUCCGCGGUGUCCUUCCUUGCUUCUCCGCAAGCGCACUUCAUUACUGGCCAAGGGAUCGAUGUGAACGGGGGAAUGGUGAUGAACUGACUGCCGGAGUCGUGAUUAUUACUCGCCGAUAUAUAAAUGUUCAAGGAAUGAGGUGUAUGUACAGUGAUCAAGCAUUCGAUGAGCAGCCAUCAC